UUCACAACCCACAUCCCUGCCUCCAGACCCCCAACGCAAAUCUCCUCCUUUCCUUACCAACCACUUUAUUUAAGAAAAAUGGCCGCCACCAACCAAACCGCAGCAGCCAACGAGGCUAUCGCCAAGAACGCCAACGUGGUGAGGGCAAACGCGGCCAUGUCUCCCGGGAUGGAGACGUCCCUGUUCGACUGCUUCUCGGACCCCGUCGGGUGCAUCAUGAGCUGCUGCUGCGGGUGCUUCGUCGCGGGCUUCACCGCCGCGCGCGUGGACGACCGCGAGUGCAACCUGUGCGACGCCUUCUCGAACUCUUACCAGGUACGUCAGUCCCUCCGUGCCAAGUACGACAUGGGCUUCGCGCCUCUGCCGGACUUCGUCUCCUUGUACUUCUGCGGCUGCUGCUUCAUCAUGCAGAAUGCGAAGGAAGUGGCCCUUCAGAAGGGCGAUGAGCCCGUUUACUUCGGCGAGGUUGGGAUGAAC